CUUUCAGUUCCUUACCCCCAACACCACACGCACACACCUAGACAUGGUAGUAUCUCUAAGGGUACCUUCAUUGGGUUCGCUAUUCGCUCCCUCCAAGCUCUUCUCGCCGCAGAUUAUCAGGCAGAACCGCUGCCAACCUCUCCGGAGGCGAGUUCCUUACGCCGCCUUCUCUGCGCACAGCGCGGCGUCUAGCCCGCCGGAGACUGAGGAUCGAGUCGACGGCAAUAAGACUCGAGCCAAGCCCGACCAAGUGAUUACGCCUCGGUCUCAGGACUUCAAUGCUUGGUAUCUCGACGUAAUUGCCAACGCGGAGCUUGCAGACUAUGGCCCAGUUCGAGGAACUAUGGUUAUCCGUCCUUAUGGAUACGCAAUUUGGGAGGCAAUUCAGGAUUAUUUGAAUGUUAAGUUCAAAGAGACUGGGCACAGCAACAUGUAUUUCCCACAGUUUAUACCAUACUCUUUCUUAGAGAAAGAAGCUAGUCAUGUUGAAGGAUUCAGUCCAGAAUUAGCUGUUGUUACAAUUGGAGGAGGAAAGGAGCUUGAAGAGAAACUUGUGGUCCGACCUACUAGUGAAACUAUCGUGAAUCACAUGUUUACGCAGUGGAUUCAUAGUUACCGAGAUCUUCCUCUCCUGGUUAACCAGUGGGCAAAUGUUACAAGGUGGGAGAUGCGUACAAAACUGUUUUUGAGGACUCUCGAGUUCCUGUGGCAGGAGGGUCACACUGCUCAUGCAACUCCGGAAGAGGCUGAAAAGGAGGCAUUACAGAUGAUUGACGUCUAUACAAAAUUUGCUUAUGAGCAAGCGGCAAUACCUGUUAUUGCAGGUAGAAAAUCUAAUAUUGAAAGAUUUGCUGGUGCAUUAAAGACAUAUACAAUAGAGGGAAUGAUGGGCGAUCGAAAGGCAUUACAGGCUGGAACGAGUCACAACCUCGGUCAAAAUUUCUCUCGUGCUUUUGAAACUCAGUUUACCGAUGAAAAUGGGCAAAGGCAGCACGUGUGGCAGACAUCAUGGGCAAUCAGUACCCGCUUUGUGGGUGGUAUCAUCAUGACACAUGGAGAUGAUGCUGGAUUGAUGCUUCCCCCAAAAAUUGCACCGACACAGGUGGUAAUUGUGCCAAUUUGGAAGAAGGAAGAAGAGAGAGUAGGAGUCCUCAGUGCUGCAUCGUCUGUAAAAGAAGUUCUGCAAAGUGCUGGAAUCAAAGUUAAACUUGAUGACUCCGAUCAAAGAACCCCGGGGUGGAAGUUCAAUUUUUGGGAGAUGAAGGGAGUUCCUCUAAGGAUUGAAAUUGGCCCUCGUGAUGUUUCAAGCGGGAGUGUUGUGAUAUCUAGGAGAGACGUUCCUGGAAAGCAAGGAAAGGUAUUUGGAAUCUCUAUGGAACCAUCAAAUUUAGAAGCUUAUGUCAAAGACAAGUUGGAUGAGAUCCAGUCCUCUCUCUUGGCAAGGGCGACAUCAUUCCGUGAUAGUAAUAUUGUGGAUGUGAGCACAUAUGAUGAACUCAAAGCUGCAAUAUCCUCUGGCAAAUGGGCAAGGGGUCCUUGGUCGGCUAGUGAUGCAGAUGAAUUAAGGGUUAAAGAAGAAACAGGAGCAACCAUUCGGUGUUUCCCCUUUGAACAACCUCAAGGGCUCAAGGCAUGUUUGAUGACCGGAAAUCCAGCAGAGGAGGUUGCCAUUUUUGCCAAGUCUUACUAAGUUUUUGGCAUUUCUUAUACAUAACAUUAUUUGAUCUCAAGAUCUCUUUCCUCCCUUGGUUUUGAUUAAAUUAGUAGAAAAACAUUGUAUCAAUUAUCAUGGAAUUAUAUAUUUUUUAAGUUUCAUUUUUCUCCAAACCAACCCCUGUUGUGAGGGUUAACAGCCAUGGAGAAUGUUUAAUGAGUUUUCUUUU